UUCCUAAUAACCCGAUUAGUUCAUCUCCUUAUGUGCCUAUAUCUUCAGUGUCUAAAACGCUUAACGAUACAUCACCGCUGACAACAUCACCACCGUCCCCAUCUUAUGGAAAUCCAAAACCAGGAAACAGUCCCACAGUUCCUAAUAACCCGAUUAGUUCGCCUCCUUACGUACCUACAUCCAGUGCAAGUCUAAAUGCAAAUCCAAAUUUAUCAACUAUUCUUCCAAAUUUUCCUUCGCCUAAUAUUUUUGUACCAAGUUCAGCAAAUCCUACUAACCAAAAAAACAACGGGAAUGGAAACAAUUCAAAGUCACCAAACAACGGGAAUGGAAACAACUCAAAUUCACCAAACAACGGGAAUGGAAACAACUCAAAUUCACCAAACAACGGGAAUGGAAACAAUUCAAAGUCACCAAAUAACGGAAAUGGAAACAAUUCAAAUUCACCAAACAACGGGAAUGGAAACAAUUCAAAGUCACCAAACAACGGAAAUGGAAACAACUCAAAUUCACCAAACAACGGAAAUGGAAACAACUCAAAUUCACCAAACAACGGGAAUGAAAACAAUUCAAAUUCACCAAACAACGGAAAUGGAAACAAUUCAAAUUCAUCAAACAACGGAAAUGGAAACAAUUCAAAUUCACCAAACAACGGAAAUAUAAACAAUUUAAAUUCACCAAACAACGGAAAUGGAAACAAUUUAAAUUUACCAAACAACGGAAAUGGAAACAACUCAAAUUCACCAAAUAACGGAAAUGGAAACAAUUCAAAUUUACCAAAUAACGAGAAUGGGAACAAUUCAAAUUCACCAAACAACGGGAAUGGGAACAAUUCAAAUUCACCAAACAACGGAAAUGGAAACAAUUCAAAGUCACCAAACAACGGAAAUGGAAACAACUCAAAUUCACCAAAUAACGGAAAUGGAAACAAUUCAAAGUCACCAAACAACGAGAAUGGAAACAACUCAAAUUCACCAAACAACGGAAAUGGAAACAAUUCAAAUUCACCAAGCAACGGGAAUGGAAACAAUUCAAAUUCACCAAACAACGGGAAUGGAAACAAUUCAAAUUCACCAAGUAACGGGAAUGGAAACAAUUCAAAUUCACCAAACAACGGGAAUGAAAACAACUCAAAUUCACCAAACAACGGGAAUGGAAACAAUUCAAAUUUACCAACGGACCAGCUUAGCACACUCGCACAGUCAAACAGUAACAGCGAUUAUCCUAAUACAAUUAGCACACUUAUACCAUCAAUUGGCGGCAACAAUUCUCCUAAUAUAGUAAGCUCAUUUACAGAGUCGAGUAACAUCAUAAACACUCCUAAUACAAUAAUCUCGGUUACAUGGCCAAGUAACAGCAACUCUCCUAAUACAGUAAGUUCGCUUACACUGCCAAGUAGUAGCAGCAACUCUCUUAAAACAGUAAUCUCUCCAACUUUAAAAGCAACUGAAAGUUCAAGUGCAAAUUCAAGCAAAGCUUCUAGUUCGAGUGUUUCGACGAAAUCAACUACAAGUAAAGCAUCUGCAACAACUACAAAAAGUAAAACAAGUAGUAUUUUACCCAAUGCUGGCUCUUUUCUAAAUGUUAACAGAAAUUCAGAAGUUAUAUUAACAAUAACUUGGGCUUUUGGCUUUAUAAUAGGUAUAUUUUUUAACUUGUAA